AUGAAUGGCCUCAACUUCGACGGCAAAAGGUCAUCGGAUUUUACUUAUCAGUCCCUAGAUCCACAAACACCUACCGAGAUUGAAGAGUACUCAGAUUUAUAUGAUGAUUAUAUGCUAUCACCUCAAAGCGAUCACCUGGAAUCAAUGAAUUCCGGCGCAGCAGUUUAUGACCAAUCAGUAGGACCAUCUGUGGAUGAUUUGAGAAGACCAUCGAGCCUGAACAAUGGAAGAUUGGGGUCCGAUGAAUCACUUGAUUCAUCUUUUGCUGGUACACAACCUGAUAUUUCUCUUCAAACUCCUAAAUUGGAUUAUUCUAACAACUUUGGGUCAACAUCGCCUGAAACGUUGAAUGGUCAAACAAGAACACCAAUUUUCAAACGCCCGGUUGAUAAUAUUUUACAAGAUUACGUUGGCAAAUCUCCAAAAACUCCCGCCCAUAAGGGAAACAACUUCAAUACAACACCUACAAUCAAGUAUGAAAGUACAGAUGAAGAAGACGAAAACGAUAAUGUAUCAGGGAAAAAGUACUAUAAUACUAGUAGUACCCCAAAUUACGAUAAUACUAUUGACCUCAAUGAUGAUGAUGACUAUGACGAUGAUGAGGUGGAGAAGUUGCGGCUCCUAUCUAAAAAAAAAAGUCAACAUCUUUAUUCUACGCAAACCUCUUCCAACGGCAGUUAUGGUGAUAAAUCUAACGAUGCAAUUAUAAUCAAAAAAGUUGAAGGGCAACCCGAUCAAGUCAUUAAGAAAGGUAUAAAAGAUUUUAAGAUUGGCAGAGAGCUAGGCGAAGGUUCAUACUCAACCGUCAUGCUCGCAACGGAUCUAACAACUCACCGAAACUAUGCUCUCAAGAUAUUAAAUAAAAGACAUAUAAUCAAGGAGAAGAAAGUUAGGUACGUUAACAUUGAGAAAGAUGCUUUGAACAGACUGGGUGAUCACAAUGGUAUUGUUAGAUUGCACUAUACCUUCCAAGAUUCCCAAAGCCUAUAUUUUGUUUUAGAUUUUGCUGAAAAUGGUGAACUGUUGACAAUGAUAAAAAAACAUGGCACCAUGAAUGAACACUGCGCUAAGCACUAUACUGUACAAUUGGUUGAUACCAUCGACUAUAUGCAUAAUAAUGGGAUUAUUCACCGUGACUUGAAACCUGAAAAUAUUCUAAUUGAUAAAGAUUUAAGGCUCCAAAUUACUGAUUUCGGUACUGCAAAGAUAUUAGAUAAGGAUGAUUCUGGAAAUUAUCCUCCAGAUGCUAGGGCCCAAUCAUUUGUGGGUACAGCAGAAUACGUCUCACCAGAAUUAUUAAGUGACAAAUAUUGCGGUAAAGCCGCAGAUGUUUGGGCGUUCGGGUGUAUUGUAUAUCAAAUGAUUGCAGGAAAGCCUCCAUUCAAAGCAAACAAUGAAUAUCAAACUUUUCAGAAGAUUCAAAAACUCCAAUACGCAUUUACAGCUGGGUUUCCUAUCAUUAUAAGAGAUUUAGUCAAAAGGGUCUUGAUUUUAAAACCUAGAGAGAGGCUAACCAUUCCUGAUAUUAAACGCCACAUGUGGUUUCAGGAUAUAGAUUGGAAUAAUGAAGACCAAAUUUGGAAUACAAUACCUCCUGAGCUGGGUCCUUACAAAUUGUCGGCAAAGGCUAUGAAACCGAUGCCUGAAUUGAAUAACCAAUAUCCAAACGGUUCUUCCACUUCUAUUCAUCAGCCAAAAAAAUCCAAGAGUGGUAAUGUUCUUUUGUCGAAUUCAAGAAAAGUUUCCAGUUCUAGUGCAAGACAGUGCUCGGCAUCAGCAAAUUUGGCACCAACAUCUGCUCCCACUUCAAAUAAUGGACUCGGCAUCUCUACAUCAUCUCCAAAUGUUAUUUCUUCCUCACCGAAUAGAAAUGGUAGUGUAGGGUCUACUAAAAAGGCCAAACCCAAGAAAAAAUCCGCUAGUUCAGCUGCAGUUGCUGCUUUAUAUGGCAAUCAAAGACAAUCCUCACACGGGUCUGCGACACCUGCUUCUGAACACAUCCCCGCUACACCACCGGUCAGGACAUUGGCAUCUACACACACGCCAUCAUCAACUCCACCAGCACUUUCUAAGGCAGGUGGUCAUCAAACAGUUUAUAAAGUCUCUGAGUCCCAGCAUCAAACUGCAGACCUGAUUGUUAGGUCUAGACAAACGAUUCAACCCAAGGAACGCGUUUAUAGCAGUGGUUCAUCAGUUGAUGUUAUUCCAGGAACUAAUAUACCACGUCCAGUUUUAAAUACUAAAAUCACUUCUAGAACAACUACAGCAUCAAGAUCAAGAAACAAUUCGUCCUUCAAAACGGCUAAACCAGCAGAAAUACCCCCCAUGUCCAAGCUUGAUUUGAAAUGGGUUCAAUUUUUGAAGCAUCCGGAUGAGAGAAUUGUUAAGGUUGGUAUUGUGGAGUCACAAAAAGAAUCUACAAUACAGUUUGAAAAGAAAUACAAGGGCCUUAUUAUUGAAUCCCCAUUAGGCUAUGUGAAUAAAGACAAUAUUAACAUGAGUAAUCUUUUUUCAAGUAGUGAUGCAGAGUCAAUUAUGGUUUUCGACAAGCAAGAUCUCAACAAUGAAGAGGUUGUGGAGGAUCAAGCUGAAGAGCCGGAGGCGACGUCAUCUGUUGAUAAAUUCAGGAAAUUUUUCACAGUUAAGCAACCUGCCCUCUCUCAUCAAGAACCGUUAUUCCACACUAGAACGCUGUUGAUCACGACCUUUGGAAGAGCGUUACUAUUUGCUGAAAAUCUUGGUGUUGAUAAAAAAUUGAAGUAUGAAAUCACACUUGAAGCGGACUUGACGAAUGAGCUAGUUCAUUUUGUCGAAGUAGUUGAUCGGAAACUUAAUUCUGAUGAAGGCCUGUUUGCAAUAAUGUCCGAUUCAAUGACGAUUUGUUUUAAGGUUGAAAAACAAGAAGUUACACAAUGGACUCAAUCGUUAGCUAACUCAAGGCUUUUAGAAAAAGAACGUAAGCUACGUUCCUAUCUAUUGAGUCACUCUGAACUUUCUCGGUCUAAUGAAGAUUCAGCACAUGCUGCAGCAACUCUGGCAGCCAACAUGAGUCCCGAAAUCGGUGCAAGUAGCAACAAGUCGUAUAAUCCUAAAAGUAAAAACAAAACGGCAUUCCCAUCAACCUUACGCCCACCUGAUUCGGAAACCCAUGGCUCAACGCAUCCACCAUCUACAAAAGUACAUAGAAAAAAAGCACCACCACCUCCGCCACUACAAGCAGCAUCUAAGACAUCGAAUGAACUACCACCGUCUCGUUCGAAAAAGAAAUCCAUUGGCAAAGGCCCGAUGAUUAGUGCUGCAAUUAGCAAAGCUGUUUCUAUGGCUUCUGUUAAUGCAGCUGUGGGCGUGAAAGAUAAAGAUGAAAACAAGAAGGUGAAUACUUCUAACUCCAAAUUUCUGGCACGUAGUAGGAUUAGAUGA